AUGAUAUCCAGGGCAGAGAUGACAGAGAAAGGUCAUAAAACAGAGAAAGAAGCAAGCCCCCAGAGCCCAAAUGACCCCCAGAGCCCAAAUGACCCCCAGAGCCCAAAUGACCCCCAGAACCCAUUGCUCCUCCCAACAGAGCCCCCAAGCUACCGGGUCAAAAGGGACCCACACAAGGGUACAGUUCAAGGUAACAACACGGGCGAGGGCAUGGGCGUGGGUGACGACGUGGGUGGGCGACACGGGCACCAACACAGGUGUCAACAGGGGGCGGGCAUGGGCGCAGGCACCAACGCGGGCGUGGGCACGACGCGGGUGAGCGCAGACGAUGUGGGCGGGGGCGAGGGUAGACGACGUGGGCAUGGGCGACGACGCGGGCGGGCGCGGACGACACGGGCGGGUGCAGACGACAUGGGCGUGGGCGAAGACGCGGGCGGGGCGUGGACGACACGGGCACGGGCGUGGGCGACGACGCAGGCGAGGGCGUGGGCCGACGACGUGGGCGAGGGCGGACGACGCGGGCGCGGGCGCGGGCGUGGGCGACGACGCGGGCGGGCGCGGAUGUGUCUUGCACACAUCCGGGGCCCAAGGAGGCUCUGGGGAGGGGGACGGAGCAGUGCGGGGGAGGGAGGGACUGGGCACUUACCGAGGGACAACGGCCUCAGAGGGGCGCGAGUUGUAGGAGUUGAGGGACAGGCAGGCGGCAGAACGAGGGCAGGCGGUCGGCAGGAUGAAGGUGGAUGGGGUGGGAUGAGGGUGGAGUUGAGGGAGCGGGACAAGGGGAAGUGGGAGGUGGGAGGUGGGAUGGAGAGGUGGGUGCCCAACGGCGUGGCCACAGAGGUCGCUGGGCUGUGCUCAGCGUCUCAGCCGUUGUCCCUCGAGCCUCCUUGGGCCCCGGAUGUGUGCAAGACACAUCCGCGCCCGCCCGUGUCUUCGCCCACGCCCACGCCCGCGCCCGUGUCGUCCGCGCCGGCCCGCGUCGUCGCCCUCGCCCGCGCCCGCAUUGUCGCCCACGUCGUCGGUGCCCGAGUCGCCCACGCCCGUGCCCGUGUCGUCCGCGCCCCGCCCGCGUCCUCGCCCACGCCCUCGCCUGCGUCGUCGCCCUCGCCCGCGCCCGCAUCGUCGCCCACGUCGUCGGUGCCCGCGUCGCCCACGCCCGCGUCUUCGCCCACGCUCUCGCCCGCGUCGUCCGCGUCGUCGCCCACGCCCACGUUGUCCCCUGCGUCGCGCACCCGCGUCGCGCACCCGCGUCGCGCACCCGCGUCGGUGCCCGCGUCGGUGCCCGCGUCGGUGCCCGCGUCGGUGCCCGCGUCGCCUGCCCACGUCGUCGCCCACGCCCACGCCCACGCCCGCGUCGUCCGCCCUCGCCCACGUUGUCAGUGCCCACGCCCACGCCCACUGCCAGCACCCAUGUUCACCAACUAA